AUUGGCGUCUGUUGUCCCCUCCAUCUUAUUUCAAGUUUGGCGUCUAGGUGUAAAUUGGUUAAAUUUUAAUAGCAUCGUUUUUGUCAUACUAUUUAAAGUUUUCAAAUUGAUUGAAAUGGCUACUCAAAAUCCUGAUACAACCGGAACUAAUGUUGAAAGUUCAACAGAAAAUGGAAACCCUGAUCAAAAUCCUGGUGGACAUCAAAGAACUGGUGGCAAUUUCAGACGCGGUGGCGGUGGUGGUGCUGGUAAAUUUGGUGGAAAAGGACGAUUCCAAAACCAAGGACAGAGACCUAGAAAUGAUGGUCCACAAGGUGGCCCCAAAAGAGAAUUUCGAGAUGGCAAUCAGCGAAAUUUUCAUAGAGAUGGUGAUCAUGCUAUGAAAACUCCCCAAGAUAAAAUGAUGGAGAAAUUGAAUCAAAUUUCUGGAUCUACCUUAGAUUUACCUCCGUUAGAUAUGACUGAAAAAAAAUUCUCUGGGAGAAAUCGACUAUAUGUUGGUAAUAUUGGAAACGAAGUUAGUGAAGAUGAUUUGAUUGAAUUCUUCAAACCUUACGGUGAAGUUGGCGAAGUAUUCGUCAAUAAAGAAAAGAAUUUUGGUUUUGUAAAAUUUGAUUUCCAUUCAAAUGCCGCGAAAGCAAAGAGAGAAUUGGAUGGUACUCCACUUAAAGGUAGAAAUUUAAGACUUCGUUUUGCCCCUGGAGGCACCGCCAUCAAGGUUAAAAAUUUGACUUCACAUGUUUCCAAUGAAUUACUCUAUCAUGCCUUCCAAAUAUUUGGUGAAAUUGAAAGAGCCACUAUCAUUAUUGAUGAUAGAGGAAAACAUACAGGAGAAGGUAUCGUUGAGUUUGUCAGAAAAGGUAGUGCUUUAGCAGCUAUUCGGGAGUGUAGAGAAAAUUGUUUUUUCUUAACUUCAUCUCUGAGACCUUGUAUCGUCGAGCCUUAUGAUGUUAUUGAGGAUAAUGAUGGUUUACCUGAUAAAUUGAUACCUAAGCGUAAUCCAGAAUUCCAGAAGCAGCGUGAGGUUGGUCCUAGGUUUGCUCAAGUUAGUAGUUUUGAACAUGAGUAUGGUAUGAGAUGGAAACAACUACAUGAGCUCUUCACUCAAAAGGAAGAAGCUUUAAAGAAGGAACUAGAAAUGGAGAAAGAAAAAUUAGAGGCUCAAAUGGAGUAUGCAAAAUAUGAACAUGAGACAGAAAUGCUUCGUGAGCAAUUGAGGGUGAGAGAAAUGGACAAGGAGAGGCAGAAACGUGAAUGGGAGAUGAAAGAAAGACAGGCCGAAGAACAGCGUCAGAGAACUGAAGAACAAAUGAGGAGACAGGAAGAACAAAUGCAAGCUCGAAUGAUACACCAAGAAGAAGAAUUGCGUAGACGUCAACAGGAGAAUAGUCUGUUUAUGCAGGCUCACCAACUUGAUAGCAUGUUGGAUGCUCAAGACUCUCAAUUCGGUAGCAAUUUGUUCUCAGGAAAUGCCGAUAACGAUAUCAAACCUAGUAUGAAUAAUUUCGAAAGAGAACGAUUUGGAGCUGAUAUGGGACGUAAUCCCGGUAAAACUGGUUCGCAAUCUAGGGGACACUGGGUAAAUGACAGUCGUAGGGAUGAUUAUCCAAUGAAAAGAAGACGCUUCUAAUUCACCACAUUAAAACAACUGCAUUCUUUUGUAAGCAGUUAUUUUAUUGAAUUCAUGGUUUUGAUUUAUGUGAUUUCUUUUUUAUCUGGGCUUUCAAGAUGCUUUCUUUUUCGUGAAUAAUUUCUUAUAACAGAUAAAAAGUAAUAUCUUCUCAUUACAAGCAAUAUCUUCUUCACCUCAUCCAAACAAAAUUUGAUAUUCAUUCAUAUUGUCCGACUUAAAACCUCAAUCAUGAGGUUUUGCUUCUGCUUUUUCUCUUAUAUGAAAUUACUUUUAUGUGGAGUACAUUUUAGGACACUGGUAUAUUCAAAAUAAUUUCUCAUGACAAUAUUUGUCGCAUUUAUCACCUCUGUUCACCAGUUUCACCAGAGCGGUAUAUUUAAUAUCUAUAGUAAAUCCUCAUUGUUUGUGUACUGAGUUUUUUUAUCUAUAAGGGUGUCUUGUGCUUACUCAGUCUGAAUCGAUUUAUGCUAUACAGGAAUCCAACAUCUAAGACAAGAUUCAAUUUUUUUUUUAGAUAUGGAUGUAAUUUUGAUUUGGAAGUAAUAGUUAUGAUAAAUGUUUUGUAUUUAUUCCCUUAGAACAAUAUACUGACAUUAAUGUUUGUGUGUCUAAAAAUUAGACAUUGUAUUCUUGAAAGAAAAUAAAAAUAGAUAAUCAAAAUAAA